AUGGACGUUGAUGUCAUCGCAGAUUGCAUAAGGAGGACAUUUUCAAACAAAAGGUUUGAAAAGAAGCCUAGUGCCACUUUGAGUGUAGAAAAUUCACCUCCAUACGAAAAAGAAGCUGCAGGGGCAGAGACUCCAGAUACUGUGGAGGCUCUAGUUGAAAAGGAGUCUUCGAAGGCAGAGGUUCCAGAAGCAAUGGAAGCUCUAGAGCUUGUGGAGGCAAAGACUCCAAAGGCUGUGGAGACUCCAAUUGAAAAGGAGUCUGCAGAGGCAGAGGUUCUAGAAGCCAUAAAAGCUCCAAAGCUUGUGGAGACAGAGACUCCAGAGGCUGUGGAGGCUCCAGUCAAAAAGGAGUAUGCGGAGGCAGAGGUUCCAGAAGCCAUGGAAGCUCUAGAGCUUGUGGAGGCAGAGACUCCAGAGGCUGUGGAGGCUCCAGUCGAAAAGGAGUCUGCGGAGGCAGAGGUUCCAGAAGCCAUGGAAGUUCCAAAAUUUACUGAGGAAGAGACUCCAGGGACCGUGGAGACUCCUAACAAAAAGGAGGAUGUAAGAGCAGAGGCUCCAUAUGAAAAGGACUCUGCUGGGACACAGGCUCCAGAGACCAUGGAGGCUCCAUACGAAAAGGAGGCUGUAGAGGAAGAGAAUUCAGAGGCUAUGGAGGUUCUAUACGAAAAGAAGUCUGCAGGGGUAGAAGCCCUAACGACUUUAGACGAAAAGGACUUUGCGGAGGCAGAAGCUUUGGCCACAAAAUUAGCAUAUGGAAAGACUUAUUUGCGUCUGGCAUUGAUGCCAACCAAAGGGUUUAUUCCUUUUGCUAAUACUAUGUUGGCUAAAGGGCUGAUGAAAGACAGGCUUAGCAUCCAGCCGUCAAAACCUUUGGUUCAAGAUUGUUUAGGACCGAAUGCAUCCGCUAAAAAAACCGUCUUCACAAGAGUGACAUUUGAUAAAGUCUCAAGUUUGAACAAGGAGAAAGUAAGACAAAGGAUGGUCAAGAGGGAGCUUAAUGUCGGUGUCAGAAUCCCAAGUCCGAAAGUCUCAAAAUUAGAGAAGAGAAAAGUAUACAAAGGACCCAAGCCGGAGGCCAUCAUAGCAAAAGUGAAAGUCACAAAUGGGAAAUAUAUUUGGACUGUUACCACGGCUGACCAGAUCACCAUCAUUCCCAAGGCGACAUGGAAGCCUUCUAUCGCUAAAGAGAAUGAAAAAUAG